AUGCCCUUCUGCUGGGGCGCCAAACCCGACAAGGACGAGUUCCCCUACGUCUUGCACUACCAGGACCAACCACUGCGCAGGAGCCAGAGACACGGCGACCAUCCCGCCGUAGGCGCGCAAGACUCUCCUGCUCCGGUUGGGUUGGAACAUCGCGCCCCCUCAGAACCACACGGUGUGCCACGUCCUGAUCGCAGGCGCCGCGAUCAUGCCACCACCGAUCAACCUCCCGUUUCGCAGGCUAUCUGGAGGGGCUCGAGCUCAGGUUCGAGCUCAGGCUCAGGCUCAGACUCGCCCGUCCGAGAGAGCUCGUAUUAUACCCAGUACCAGCGAUCGAACUACUCUUCCUUUGCGGAAUCCAGCUCGUUGACCCGUGGCGCCAGCCCCGACAUCUACGAUGAUAUCCUGGUGUCAUCCUCUAGUAUUUCGCAGGAGCAUGUCUUCGUCCGUCAGCGGCAGUACUCACGACCUCAACACCUUCCGACAGGAUACCGCGGCGAGGAGGACCAUGAAGAAGCGCGCCGUUCUUCUGCUGGAUACCUAUACCACCCCCGCCCUGUGCAUGUGGAUUACUCCGUCCGUUCCUUGCAGUCGGUGCCUUUCGGAGCGGUGGUGUUGGCGGCAGCUCCUCGCCCAGAGCGUCGUGCGGAUCAACGGGUCCGGUUCCCGGCUGAUUCUGGGUCUGGACGUGGACGUGAACGUGAACAUGUACGAAGCGAUUCCCGACCCCCUCGUCAAGCGGACGCUCCCCAGUCUGGACAGUAUGAUCCGGACCACGCAGACGGCGAUGCGCGACCUGCGCGACCUCGGCAGAUGCGGUUUGAGGGAUCGGAAUCCAGACCGCGCGCAGGAAGCCUUCCACGACCUCGUCCUCGUCCUCGUCGUCCCCGUCCCCAUCCCCAUCCUCGUCCUCGUCCUCGUCUCGUCGAUGGCCACCAGCAGGACGAUUCUGUCCGUCGGAACGGUCGUCAGCAAAUUCCUUUGGAUCAGAUGUUUCGCCUUGCGGUGGGCGAUGAUGACGGCUAUGAGUCAGAUGCUUAG